CAUAUUACGGUUCAUUCAAGUUGUUGAUCUUGGAGUGUGUUAUUUGUAUACUGAGUGAUAAUUAUUCAUUGUAAUUCAAAAUGAGUUUUUCAAGUGGAAGUUUGAAAUGUGAUGCGAUGUUGCUUUUGAUAUCCGCAAUCACAUUGUUUUACUUAUAUCUCAAACGAAAUUAUUCGUACUGGGAUCGCAAAGGGUUUAAAACACAUCCUGGUGCCAUUUUCAUAUUGGGACAUUCAAAGUCAAACUUCAUGGGAAAAGAGCAAAUUGGCUGUCUGACAAGAAAGAUAUACAAUAAAACAAGCGAAGCAUUUAUUGGUUUCUAUAUAUUAUUACGACCAGUAUUACUACUUCGUGACCCAGAUCUGAUCCGAACUAUUUUAAUCAAAGAUUUUUCCCACUUCCCCGAUCGUGGUUUAUAUUGUAAUGAAAAAGAUGAUCCAUUGACUGGCAAUUUAGUAGCUUUGCCCGGUCAAAAAUGGCGAAAUUUGCGUGCAAAACUUACACCAACAUUCACUUCGGGAAAAUUGAAGGCAAUGUUCUCAACUCUUGUGGAAUGUGGAUCAACGUUACAAGAUUACCUAGAAAAAUUGGCUGAUAAAAAAGAAUUACUUGAUGUUCGUGAAAUAGCUGCCAGCCAUACGACGAACGUAAUUGCGUCUGUCGGUUUUGGCAUCGAAAUAGACACGAUCACAAAUCCGGACAAUGAAUUUCGUAAAUACGGUCGCAAAAUAUUUUCUAGCACUUUAAAAAGUUCACUUCGAAGAAGUAUGGCGUUUGGUGCACCGAAAAUAAUGAAAUUUUUUCGUAUAAAAUCAGUUGAUUCAGAUGUUGAGCGAUUUAUUAUGUCGGUCGUUCGGGAAAAUUUGGAAUAUCGUGAAAAGAAUAAUGUUGUACGGAGAGAUUUCUUCCAACUUUUAAUUGAUCUUCGUAACACUGGAACCGUGGAAUUGGACGAUCAUUGGGACAGUAACGUUGAAACGAAAUCUAUUCAAAAUCAAGAAUUGUUGACUCUGAAUGAAAUUGGCGCUCAAAGCUUCAUUUUUUUCGCUGCUGGUUUUGAGACAUCAUCGAGUACACUUUCAUUCUGUUUGUAUGAAUUGGCAAAAAAUCAGAAAAUUCAGAACCGUGUCUACGACGAAAUUAAUCGUGUGCUGGAUGGUCAUGGUGGAAAAAUUACAUACGAUGCGGUAUCGGAAAUGAAAUAUUUGGAGCACUGCAUUGACGAGACUCUUCGCAAAUAUCCUAUUGCCACAAAUUUGGUUCGAAUUUGUAUGGAAAACUAUAAAAUACCAGGAAGUAAUCGAACAAUUGAAAAAGGUGUUGAGGUAAUCAUUCCCAUACUAGCUUUACACCGAGAUGAGAAAUACUACGAAAAUCCAAAUAAAUUCGAUCCGGAUCGAUUCAAUGAGGAGAAUUUGGCAGGGAAAAAUCAAUCGAAUCGACCUUACUAUCCGUUUGGGGAUGGACCGCGCAAUUGUAUCGGCAUGAGAUUGGGUAAAAUGCAAACGAAGGUCGGACUAGUUAUGAUGUUGCAACAAUUCAGAUAUGACUUGGAAAAUGAGCUCGAACGAACGCGUGAAAUGGAAUUCGAACCGAGAUCAAAUUUACUUGCACCGCGCGGGGGAAUCAGAUUAUACGUCUUCAAACGUUGAUUUUUGAUUUUUUGCGCGACUUUUUUAUAUUCAAUUAAUUGAGUUUGAAUGCAUGAAUAUUAUCUGCAAUGCCAUCAUUUUGAUAAGCACGAAUGCAAUAAAGUAAACAUACAUAUAGUUA